GGCUCCAUUGGCUUCCCAGCACCCGAAUCCCGGCUGGAUCCUGUUAUUGGCCAACCCUGGGACCGAGGGGUGUCCCCUCUAGAUAGCUACUAGAUCCCGGGCUGCAGGGAUUGAGAGCUGCUGAGAUUUAACACUUCAGCACCUGCUGCCGCUGGGGGAAGUGGUGCUGGAGCUUCGGCUUCUUUUUUUUUUCUCCUUCCUUGGGUACCACACACAACCGCAACCGUGUCUCGCCAGCGAGCCAAGAUGUCCAAAGUGGCCAAAUACCGGCGACAAGUUAGUGAAGAUCCAGAUAUUGACAGUUUGUUGUCUACUCUGUCUCCAGAGGAGAUGGAAGAGCUGGAAAAGGAGCUGGAUGUGGUGGAUCCAGAUGGAAGCAUCCCUCUGGAGCUCAGUCAGAAAAACCAAACAGAAAAUUCCCCACCUGGCUCGCAAAACUGCGACACAGUGCUCAAUCACUGCGAAAAGGAGACCAGGAAACUUAUUCAGAGGGAACACUCGAUAGACGAAAGCAGAUCAAGUGAGAAGAAUAAGGGAGCCCAGAAUGAAGAAGAAAAGGGAAAGGAAGCCCCUUCCAAAGACCUGGCCCCGAAACGGGAUACGAAGGUGGGAAAAGACUCUAAAAAAGAAGAAAACGUUCCAAAAACAGACCUGAAAAUUAAAGCUGAGUCUGAGGCUAAGACCAAAGAGGACAAGGCUAUCAACGAUAAAGUCAAGGCCAUGGAGAAAAAGCUGAUGGGGAAGGACAAAAAGGAGGAAGAAAAGGGUUCAGUGUUGAAGAAAGACACCGGGAAGGACAAAAAGGAGGAUGAGAAGGGCUCAGCAUUAAAGAAGGAUGCAGGGAAGGAUAAAAAGGAGGACGAGAAGAGCUCAGCAUUAAAGAAGGAUGCAGGGAAGGAUAAAAAGGAGGAUGAGAAGGGUUCAGUAUUAAAGAAGGAUACAGGGAAGGAUAAAAAGGAGGAUGAGAAGGGUUCAGUAUUAAAGAAGGAUACAGGGAAGGAUAAAAAGGAGGACGAGAAGGGCUCGGCACUAAAGAAGGAUGCAGGGAAGCAUAAAAAGGAGGACGAGAAGGGUUCAGUAUUAAAGAAGGAUGCAGGGAAGGACAAAAAGGAAGAAGAAAAGGGUUCAGCGUUGAAGAAGGGCACAGGGAAGGAUAAAAAGGAAGAUGAGAAGAGUCUGGGCUCAAAGAAACAGGCAGAAGACACAGGAGAAGAUAAGAAAGAAAAAGACAAAAAAGAAGAGGACAAAGGUUCAGCUUUGAAAAAAUCAAAGUCAGAUGAGAAGGAGAAAUCCCAGCCAGAGGCAGAAAAGGCAGCAGAGGAGAAACAGGAGGCCAAGACAGCAGCCAAGAGCAGCCCCUCCAAGCCUGCCACCAGCAGCUCCUCGGAUCAGGCCAAGGAUGAUGAAGCCUCCAGCAUUUUUGAUGAGCUCAUCGAGAAGGUGAAGAACAACGAUGCCGAGGUCACCGAAGUGAACGUGAACAACUCAGACUGCAUCAACAACGAGACCCUGGUGCGCUUCACUGAGGCCCUAGAGUUCAACACCGUGGUCAAGCUGUUCGCCUUGGCCAACACCCGUGCUGAUGACCACGUGGCCUUCGCCAUCGCCAUCAUGCUGAAGUCCAACAAGGUGCUGACAAGCAUCAACCUGGACUCCAACCACAUCACGGGCAAGGGCAUCCUGGCCAUUUUCCGGGCACUGCUGCAGAACAACACGCUGACGGAGCUGCGUUUCCACAACCAGCGGCACAUCUGUGGGGGCAAGACAGAGAUGGAGAUCGCCAAGCUCCUGAAGGAGAACACCACGCUCCUGAAGCUGGGUUACCACUUUGAGCUGGCUGGACCACGCAUGACGGUCACCAACCUGCUGAGCCGAAACAUGGACAAACAGAGGCAGAAACGCCUCCAGGAGCAGAAACUGGCACAGGAGCGUGGGGAGAAGAAAGAUCUCCUGGAGGUGCCCAAGCCCGGAGCCCUGCCAAAGGGGUCUCCCAAGCCAUCCCCACAGCCGUCCCCCAAGGCUUCCCCCAAAAGCUCACCCAAGAAAGGGGGGGCGCCUGCUGCGCCACCCCCACCUCCUCCUCCGCUCGCCCCACCACUGAUCAAUGAGAGCCUGAGGAACUCGCUCUCGCCGGCCACGCAGAGGAAGUUGGGAGACCGGGCACUGCCGGCCCAGGAGAAGAACUCACGGGACCAGCUCCUGGCGGCCAUCCGCUCCAGCAACCUCAAACAGCUCAGGAAGGUGGAGGUACCGAAGUUGCUGCAGUAGGAGCGGGACAGCUUUGCCCCCGCAGCGUGGCGGACCCCGGGCCACUUGCCUUUCUCGUGACUGUCUCCACGCCAAGCCCCGUGGGACCCCGCAGUGACACCGCCGAGGAGCGGGGGUCUCUCUGGGACAGAGGAAGGGCCGGCCCGAGGAGGGCCAGCGCAGCCGCCCCGUGCAGCGCCGGAGGAAGACAUUGUAUUUAUUGUGUUGACAGUUGUGGAGCCCCCCGAGCUCUUUCUGUCGCCAGCACCGUGCCCCGCUCUGCCUGGUGAGACUGGGGGCAGAGGAGGGGGCUGCAGAGCGGGGGGCUUGGCCAAAGGGGCUUGGUGCCCUCCAACCCCACUCGCCUGCAGGGUCUGUCUCCCCCCUGGGGGCUCCAACCGGUGGGCUGGGGGUGCCGGCUCGCGGGGUGCCGGCUCAAUGGAACCGGGGGCUCAGGGAAGGGGGCAGAGCGGGGAUGGGGGCAGUGGGAGGACAGAGCGGGAGGUCAGCCCGGGCUGGUGCAGGGGGCUCAGGGCAUGGCGUGGGGGGCUCGGUUCGAGGGUUUUGCUCCCUCUUGACCCCACACCCGAGUGGCUCCACCUGCCCCACAUCCCCCCUGCAGUGUGGGGCUCGCCCAGCUGGUGCUCCGGGGGGAACCAGAGCCGGUGACACCAGCAGCCCCCUGGGGGCACAGGGUGGGCAGGCACACUGUAUGCCCCGGGACCCCCGGGGGAGGGUGGCAGCCGGGGGGCCAGCGGGUUGGGCCCCGCAGUGCCCCCGACCCCCACCCCGCGCCCCCCCGGAGCCCCUUUGCAAUGUGUAGCGCUGUGCCCACUGCAUCAGCAAUAAAGCUCACCCAACGCUUCCCCGG